AUGCCCCUUCAGCAGGAGACCUCGCCAGCCAUCGUGGCCCCGCCAGACGGAGUCUGUCACUUUGACAGAUUGCCACCGGAGCUACUCCGUAUGAUUUGUAGCUUUGCAUACGGACACCAAAGUACAAAGCGCAUCAUCACGAGACUACAGUGGGAGAAGGAUCAAGAAGACCUCGUGAAACGAGGCACAUUGGCCAGCGCACCCGCAUUCAAGCACCAUGUUGACCAUUUCCUCGUAUCCAAGCGGUUUUUCCUGAACGCCACUGAAGCAUUCAUCAAGGCUCAGCAGCUAGAUCAGACGGGACCAGGGUCCAGUCUCAACCGCAAGGCCCGCCUCUGUCGACAGAGUACAAUCCAACUCUUUGCCAGAUCCGUCAAAGUGAACUCGUAUGCCGACGCCUCUUUGCUCCGGAACUUCUCGAGCCUACGGAAUGUUGAAGUUGUUAUCGACGGGUUCAAACUUGAGAGCGGGCUCCCAUGCAAAAAGUAUGCUUGGCUGCAUGUUUUUGAAGAUCACGAUCUCGCGAACCUUGAGUUUGUCGAGCAUUUGGUCCUUCUCCGGGGCCUGAAGACGUUCACCUGCAUUGCCGACACUUGUUUCUACGCUGAUACGGAGCGGAAGAGGCAGGUGUGGCAGCAAAACGUCCUCGCGCUCGAAAAGUACGUGAGAAAAUUCGUCACGGCACCAAAGCCAAAGGCUGCCCUGGAUAGCUCGGCCAACAAUACUGAGUCGACGCCGCUAUAUCCAGGGUCGCGCGUCACUGGCAUCGGCUGCAAAUCUAUGCUCAUCAGCGUCAAGUCUCAGCCACAUUUCGCCUUCAAGCCCCAGCAAGUUGCCUUUGACUCAAGUAUGGUCACCCGAGUGAUGUGCUUAGAAGCGGAUCAGCUUUCGCGGUGGGUCGACCACGCCCUUCGCCAACAUCCAGAGCUUACUUCACUGCUCGACGACCCAGGCUUCGCCACCUCAAGAUGA